UUUUCAGAAGGCAAGCUAAGGUUCAGAGAGGCUGUGAUCCCUCCAAGGCCACUCAGUCGACAGCAUUCUCUGGUGGCAGACGCGGCAGGAGGAGAGCUGCUUCCGUUCCUCUGCCCGCCAUGCCGUUUCUAGAGCUGGACACGAAUUUGCCCGCCAACCGAGUGCCCGCGGGGCUGGAGAAACGACUCUGCGCCGCCGCUGCCUCCAUCCUGGGCAAACCUGCGGACCGCGUGAACGUGACGGUACGGCCGGGCCUGGCCAUGGCGCUGAGCGGGUCCACCGAGCCCUGCGCGCAGCUGUCCAUCUCCUCCAUCGGCGUAGUGGGCACCGCCGAGGACAACCGCAGCCACAGCGCCCACUUCUUUGAGUUUCUCACCAAGGAGCUAGCCCUGGGCCAGGACCGGAUACUUAUCCGCUUUUUCCCCUUGGAGUCCUGGCAGAUUGGCAAGAUAGGGACGGUCAUGACUUUUUUAUGAUUGGGCACGGAGGGAUCCAGGGCAUCUGUGAACUGGCUGCUUCUUCCAGAGAGAUCUCUUGGCAGAGUGAGGGCCUGGUGAUAACCAGCUUUGGAUUAUCCUGCAUGCAACAUUCCUGUGAUCACAUAUUCCUCUUCUUCAUCCUCAUAUGAAAUAAAUGAAGAGAGCUUCCUCAUUCAAA